AUGCACCGCGAACCGGUGGUGAUGUGGUCGUGCGCGAUCGGUGGGCUCGGGAUGGCGCUGCCGGCGAUCGUGCCGCGCGAGCUCGUGGAGACGUUUUCGAGGGAUGGGAAGGCGACGCGAGCGGUGCCGAGCGCGGCGGCGGUGGCGAAGGCGCUGCGACCGUCGGCGUGA